UACACCGCGGGCGAGCGGUCCAGGGCGAUGAAAUUAUUCCAUUGUGUUUGGAAGCCGCCCCGGUCAUGGCCAAUGACUGAGCAGUUCUAUUAAUUUACUUGUUAUCAUCUAGCGCUGCUCUCUGGGGGUGGUGGUCAGCCGGUUUCGCGCGUACCCGUGGAGACUGAUUUGCGAUUUUAAGCACAUCAGUCUUUUGCAAGUCACGGCACUACAAACCCUCCGCGGAAAUUGCACAGUAUUAAAAGCUUCGACGAAGACGCAAGCCGUGUGUUGAUUGAAAUGUCCAUCGGAAAGGACCGGGAAUGGUUAAACGAGCAUGCGGUACAGCUAGUAACAAUGCAAGAAUAUAAUAAAAACUCAAAAGUUAUAAACAGUGUCAAAUACGAGCAGUAUAAGGAUCGCGAGAAAAGUGGCACCUCAACAAGCAAACCGGAACCAGCGCCGCUUAAGCUUAGUAGGCCCUUUCCCCCAGAGAGUAGUAGAAGCGGUGGUCGCCACAAUGGUGACCACACGGAAAGUAGCAGCAACAGUGACGAUGAGCGGAGAAAACAUAGGCAAAUAAAGCAUAAGGACCAUCAUACUCACCGCACCUCAUCGGGGACGAAGAAAAAAUCACACAAAUACAAGCAACGCCGGGACCACCGGGACGAUUAUCGCGAUGAUCGGCGAGAGUCGUCGCGAAGCAGCCGCCAUCGGAGACCAAGUUCAUCCGGCUCGGACACUUCCGAUGGUAAGGUGCACAAGAAGAAAACAAAGAAGAAAAAGCGACCGCGUAGUCGUUCGCGCAGUCGAUCGUAACCAGGAUGUUUGUGUUGGAAAUGGACACUACAGAAAAACUUCCGUAAAGUGACGUUAAUAUGGACCGUUUUUUGAAUAUGAGAUCCCUUGAAACCAUCAUGUUUGAGGAACUUCUCUACAUCUGGGGUAUUUCAUUUUUUAUUCUUUUUUAUUUAGGUGUGAUGAUCUUCUAGAAAAACAAAAUACACAACAUUCUAAUAGAUA